CUCAAAAUUUAUAUUCAAAUAAGUUUUGUCUUUUGAUAUUUUAAGUAGAAAAAUGAUAAUCAUUACUAAAAAAUUAGCUCAAAAAUCCAAUUUUAUACUUAAUUUUAUAAGACCCUGCACUACCAAAGCAAAUAGACCAAAUCUUCAAGAGGCUUUUGCUAUCACACUCAAAGACAUUUUUUCACCCCAAGAACAUGCUAAGAUAUUGAAAACUUUAAAUGAAUCCAGUCCUGAAGAACUAUCGAGAUUUAAAAUCUCCAAUAUGAGAGUUAGAAGUAUUUGUGAAUGGAAAAAUACGAAAGGCUCUUUCAAAUCACUCAGUGAAGUCUUGGAGGUAGAAGGUUUUGGCACAAAAAUGUUAGAACAAAUUUGUAAAAAUAUUGCCUGCAAUAAUAUUGUCAAACACAUAACAAAAAAAAGAUCUCCACUUGCGAAGAGUUUUUUGUUGCCUGAAAUGGAUUUUGAAUUAUCAACUUCCCUACAAUCUGCUGUAGCAAUCCAUAUAGAACCUACUGGAAUCGGCUGGGCAAGACUAACAAAAACAGGCAAUACUAUAACAAAUUGGAAAUGUCAAAGUUUCUGUUCCUUACCAACAAAAAUGCUGCCAUCAGAUACUUUCAAUUUGGCUGUAAAUUUAUUGGAAGUGACCCCUUCAGCGGAUGCAUAUAUUAUCGAAGCCCCACCAACUUUGGGGCCGCAAAGUCAAACUAAACAAGGAAUCGUGUCCGCCCAUAAUCAUCAAGUGGAGCUGAUAUCGAUGUUGUUAGCUUUAUUAAACACUAGUGCCAAGCAUAAUAAUGGUUUGGAGAAAUCAUUGGAAAAUAAGGUUUUCUUUUUGAGGAGCAAAAUUGCUGCUAGGUUGUUUAGUACUCUAAUUGGUUAUGAAAAAGUCUCAGCGAUAUCAGUAAUAACAGGAAUAGUGAACAAAGAUUCUAAAGUGAUUGAUUCUCUCCCUUGUACACCAAUAGAUUUUGAUCCCAAGUUGAAUCUUGCCUUUUCAAAUCGAAGUUCAUUCGAUAAGGAACUCUUAGCUCAGGCUCUAAUGUUAGUAGCAAGUUUCAUGGAUUUGUGUAUUCAUAGGAAUUCUAAAUGUAUUGAAGCUUUGAAACCUAAAAGGCAUAAAAAAGAUAACUUUGCAGCUGUUCAGGAACUAGGUUAAGUGCGAGGUUGAGUGUUAUUUACAUUGAAUAUAAGAUUCUGUUACAUUGAAAAUAAU